AUGUUUGCUGUGGCUAGGGCUCUACCACGCAAAAUGUCUGCUCCAGCUCAACAACAAGCCCCAAAGAGAAACUUCGGUAGAAGAGGUGGCCCAAGAAGAGGUAGAAGAGAAGAAGAAAAGGGAUGGACUCCAGUCACCAAGUUGGGUAGAUUAGUGAAGGCCGGUAAGAUCACUUCUAUUGAAGAAAUCUACUUGCACUCUUUGCCAGUCAAGGAAUUCCAAGUCAUUGACACCUUGUUGCCUGAAUUGAAGGAUGAAGUCAUGAAGAUCAGAUCCGUUCAAAAGCAAACCAGAGCCGGUCAAAGAACCAGAAUGAAGGCUGUUGUCGUCAUUGGUGACUCUAACGGUCACGUUGGUUUAGGUAUCAAGACUGCCAAGGAAGUUGCUUCUGCUAUCAAGGCUGCCAUUGUCAUUGCUAAAUUGUCCAUCAUCCCAAUCAGAAGAGGUUACUGGGGUUCCAACUUGGGUGCUCCUCACUCUUUGCCAUGUAAGGUCACUGGUAAGUGUGGUUCCGUUGCCGUCAGAUUGAUCCCAGCUCCAAGAGGUAAGGGUAUUGUUGCUUCUCCUGCCGUCAAGAAGUUGUUGCAAUUGGCUGGUGUUGAAGAUGUCUAUACUUCUUCUUCCGGUUCUACCAGAACCACUGAAAACACCUUGAAGGCUACUUUCGUUGCUGUUGGUAACACUUACGGUUUCUUGACUCCUAACUUGUGGGCUGAAAACAAGUUGGCUGCUUCUCCUUUGGAAGUUUACGCUGAAGAAGCUGCUGCUGGUAAGAAGAGAUACUAA